AUGGUCAGCCAACACGCAAUGGCAACAACAGUGCGCAGAGUCAAGCAGGAGAAUCGUCUCAGGCGACAGAAUCACACUCAAGAUGAUGAGACAAUCUACAAGACGUUAUCGUCACCGAAGUCGCUGCCGAAUAAUCGUUUGAACCCAGUGCCUCAUCCAGAUCACCAGAACGGUCACAACAGAAGUGACAUUUACACAGCGGUCCAAGCUAUACCUGGGCCACAGUACAGGAUGCCACCCCUGUACGGUGAAGAGCAAACCAACCAGAAUCAACAGCCAACGAGUCUACAAACACACAGCAAUAAAUUUCCGAUCGAGCGCGAAGUGGUGAUCUCCUCAGCCGACAAGAACACUAAAAUUCCAAUUCUACACGAGUACAAACGAACGACAGGGAGAGUUGCUAUUGCCCCUGAUGCACCGGUGAAACAACAGGCGUGGGUGCAGGAGGGUAAUCAGGCGCAAGAUAGGCAAGAAGGUCAUGCUCGAAACUUCCAGCCUCCAGAAACCCACUCGUCAACAUCGACAGGCGCCGUGCCCCGUGCGCCAAAAUCCGAGGACGACCGCAGUAAAUCCCUCAGCAAGACUUAUCACACCAUCAAAGACAUGAUCUCAAGUCGCUUCGGUCCCUCUCGAAAGGACACCGACCCCGAUCCGGAAGUGAGUCUCAACAAUGUAACCGAGGAGCUGAGAAAAUCCUCGCAUAAUGUUGAUGAGGAUGACUCCAAGAAGAAGGAAAGCACUUACAGCAAACCAAGGGCUCAGGAUCCACCGCCGAUAAACAUGCAGCAUUACCCUAAGAACAGUUAUCAACAGUAUGGUCAUAGUUAUUACCAAAGUCCCCAGCAGAAUGUUUCAGUCCCAGGUCAACUGCAAUCAGCCCCCACGAUUCAACCAAGCCUCCCGGGCCAAAGUGCCCAACUCCACGUGACCCACUUGACCCCUCCGGCAGGUGUCCAAACAGUUCACCAAACCCAGGUGUCUUCCUACAGUCAGCCAGUACCACCUCGAGGUGACUACGUGGUUCAAGGACCCAGCGGACACCCCCUCCACCAACACCAGAACGUCCCCCUAGGUAAGCACGGCCUCCCGAUGCAGCCGGUGUCUUCCAACCCGACCUACCAAAGCCCCCAGCAACUCCUCCACCAGUCCCAGCUGCACCAGACCUCCAGAUUCAACCAGCAGCACGUCCAGAACAUGCACCAGCGUCAACUUAUCCAACAGCUGCAGCAGCAACAGCACCAACUAGUUGUCGGCCAACAGAGUCCCAGGACCAACAUGCGGACCCAGCAGCAGUUUCCAGCUGGUGUCUCGUAUCAGCAGUAUCAGCAAGCCCGACAAACCAUCUCCCGAUCCCAAAUCGAUCUCCCAAGCACAUCUAGACAAGGUCUGGACGUGAGAAUCGGUGGACAAGAAGUGUAUUACCAUUACAACCAAAACAAGCCUAGGUUCACAGGGACUCCACAAGUUUACAUGAAACCGGAGAACGACGCAGAGUUCCAGAGACGAAACUCAGCGAGAUGUAUGGAGAAAGCUGUCUCGCAGCCUCAACUUUGCUACGAUGACGAGAGAAAUCCGGACAGAAGAGCCGAGAAGACAGAAGAGAUUAAGAAUCUCAGUAAUGAUGUGCUGUUGAGCGAAAAGUACGAAAUCACAGUUGAGAAUAGCAGUCAGGAGUUCAACAGAAAUGGCAGCCAGCGGCAGAACGAGGACUUCAGGCCAGAAACAAGUUUUGGUAAUCGUAGAGAUGACAUACGCAGCUCGAAAAAGGAGUGCGAAGUGAGUCAGGGAGAGGAAGUGACUAAGGAGUCUGGCGUGCAGAAGAAAAUCGCUGAGCUUCAGAAGAGGGGAGAUACCAAGGAUGUGAGUGAGACUGAUCAUCCGAGGGGAGGGGUCAAGAAUGGAGGGCAGGUGAAUGAGGCUGCCAGGCGGAUCGAGGAGAGCACGAGAAAACUUGAGAUGAACUAUCAGGGAAAGGAGGGAGGGAGGAAGGAGGAAUUGGACCACGGUAUGGCGAGACUUAAAAUUCAGAACCAGGGGUCUGGGUCGGAUUAUGACAAAGCUGGACAGAGCUCGAGUAAUGUUGACUCGGGACGGGGAUCUGCGGUUUAUUCCAGCGGACGAAGGCCACCCCCCGAGGAUCAGAAUCAUCCUCAAGGUCAAGACUCUGAGUGGGUUGACAUUGUGGAAUCCGAGCUGCGUAGUAUCCUGGAGCCAAGAGACGUACCGGCGAUGGCCCACUCCACUCUGUCAGAGAGUGUUUCCUCUGUAACGCCUCCACUGCCGCCACUCUCGCCUCAUGGGAGUCCACGUACACCGAGGAAUCGAUACUCUACGAGUUUACCGUACGGGAGCAAACCGAAUUACGGUGAUUAUGGAAAGGGGCAGGAUAAGAGGAAUUUCCAAGGAAGCACCAAGCAUCGCGGUGCAUCCACUUCCAAGAAGGAGGCUGCCAAGAAAUUCACGCAUUUAUUUGGUGUUGAAGCAGCGGAUUUGACAUCGACAACAACCGGACUAGACCUGGAUUCAAUGUUGGACAGAAGUGAUUCAGACUUGAGUACGAACGACGCAAGGACCAUACGAAAACAAUUGGAGGGGCUGGAGAAUAUGUACAGCGAGGUUUUAAAGUUACUAGGCGGUAGCGUGAAGAAACGGAGAAAGGCGAGGGGAUUAACGAGUUAUGGAUCAGUGUCGUCCCUCCCGACAUCUUCAGUAUCCUCGAGACCAGUUGCAAGACAUCACGACAAAAGGAGAGCCCAUGUAAUUGAUGACAGAACGAAGAAAGCUAAAGAUGUUAAGAGCAUAAACAAACGCUUCCAGCGUUUGGAGUCGCACGUAGUCACCCUGGCUCGAUCAGUUGCGCAUCUCUCUUCAGAGAUGAGAACCCAGCAUCUGAUGAUCCAGGAGAUGGAGAACAUUAGAGGGGAAAUAGCAGCGUUGAGGACGCAGACAAGUAUGGCUAUGGUCAGGUCGCAGUCUCAACCGCUGCUCAAGGAUUCCGAAUUACCUGCACUGUCCAAUCCUUCGAGGGUCAAGAAACUCACUAAAUUCUUCGGGACUGAGCCACCUCUCAUUAGGUUGUUUCUGCGAGAGCUGGGAUAUGAGAAAUACGCAUCCGCAUUUGAAAAAGAAAAGGUGGGAAUGGUAGAGCUACCUUAUUUAAGCGAGGACAGACUCCAGAAGAUGGGAAUACCCCUGGGGCCACGAUUGAGAAUCCUCCAGGAAGCGAGAAUAUCAGUCUGUAAAGAUCCAAUUUACGUCGUUUGAACGUACGGCGCUAUAUUCUCAUUAAUUAAUAGGAUAGAGGAAUGAAGAGGACUAUGCAACAUCAAAUUCGCAGUUGGGUGAAAUAAGAUGUGAAAUUCUUCCGUGAAAGUCUGUGAAAAAUGAAGACAGAGGGUGAUAUCUGCGAAUGGAGGUACAAAUUCAAUAUUUCCGGUCGUAAAAACAUUUACGAUCAAUCUCAAUCGAAAAUGACCUUCUUCCGCUCCUGAAAUUCACGAAAUUGGCGAAAGCAGAAAACAGACACUUUCUCAUUUCAUUUUGCCGCGCUGUAAUUCAAGGAAUUUGCAGUAUUAAUCGAGGUGUGUAAUUUACCGAGAGCUUUAGUAUGAGGAUACAAUAUGAAAUAACGUCACAAGAGUAAAGACAUUGGUACGAGAAUUUUAUACUGUGAAGACGCAAUGAGAACCAGAAAAUUAUCUGCUUGGGUCGAAUUUUUGGGGCUGUUUUUGAUAAAUAUCUCAGGGGAGG